CACCUCUCCCGACAGAUAGGGACCCCGGUUGCUUUUUGUGCACUUUUUGAGCCUGUAGAUAUGCAGGGUAUAUAAGAGGGGGCUUAUAGUGAACUGACAGGAUUUACAGCCCGGCAAGCCAACAAAAAUGGGAAAGAUCAUCUUUUAUGAAGACAGGAACUUCCAGGGCCGCUCUUAUGAGUGCAGCUCUGAUAGCUCCGACUUGCUGUCCUUCUUUAACCGCUGUGGCUCCAUCCGCGUUGAACAUGGAAAUUGGAUGAUCUAUGAAUUUCCCAACUACAGGGGAUGCCAGUUUUUUUUAAAGAGAGGGGAAUACCCUGACUUCAACCAAUGCAUGGGCUUUGGAGAUUCCAUUAGAUCUUGCAGGAUAAUUCCCCAGCAAGGAGCAUGCAAGAUUAGAAUCUAUGAAAGGGAAGAUUUCAAGGGACAGAUGAUGGAGUUUACUGAAGACUGUCCUCAAAUUUAUGAGAAAUUCCGAUCCCAUGACAUCCACUCCUGCAACGUUCUUGAAGGGCAUUGGAUCUUCUAUGAUGAGCCCAACUAUAAAGGACGUCAGUAUUACCUGAGGCCUGGAGAGUAUAGGAAAUACAGCGACUGGGGAGCAGUUAACAGCAGGGUUGGCUCCAUCAGAAGGGCCACAGACAUUUAUUAAUUUCCUGACACAGUGAUUAAAUAUUGAAUUCCAUUCAUAAUAAACCAUUCUUGACUUUACAAUUAAAGACAA